AUGACCGCGCAGUCGCUGCGGACGUCCUUGGGCAGCAACGGCCACACCGUCGGCGACACUUGUAUCGAUCUGUAUGCGGAGCGAGUCAUGAUUCCUCGGAUUUCGCUCUUCUCGCUGCUCACAGGACUGUCGGUUCUCUCGAUUCUCUUCAUCCGACACCGUCGCCGACGCACGCGGCAAUCGGCGAAACUGUUGCGUGAAAAAGUCGUUCUCGAGUCCUCGGAGGACCCACACACCACCCGCAAAAAGUGGUUCGCUUGCUUUCUCGCAACAACUGUGGCGUGGAUCACCAUCUUCCUUUGCACCUUUAACUCGUCCACUGCCAAGACGUCCACUUCCAUGAGCUCAGCGCAGGCGCGUCCCCGAACUGUCUUUAGCUUCACAACAACCCCACGGGGCAUCGACGAGAUGCUGCCAACGGUGGAUGCACUGGUGCAUCAGGAGGGCGACGGCUUCGACGCCGUGUACGUCAUCGUCCCACGGACGUAUCGAGACAAGGUGGUGGACAUCCCCACCUGGUUGCUAGCCGACGCGUCGACAUUAAACCGAACCGAGUUCCGUGGGGUCACAUUCGCCACUGGAACGAGUCCGUACCACCACAAACUUCGGAUUAUCGUGCUGGAUACGGACUUUGGACCGGCGAGCAAAGUACUGGGAACGUUGUUGGUAGAACAGGACCCCGAGACGAUCAUUGUGUACGGCGACGACGAUCGCAUCUACCCGCCCCAACUGUGUGAACGGGCUCUGCACUACACGCACAAAUACCCGAACGACGCCAUCGCCGUACUGGGUGGGUGGAUAUCGGCAGAGGACGGACUGUAUUGUGGACGCAGCCUCGCAAUCGGUGUCAAUAGCGUUUCGUUUGUAGGAGGAGCAGGUGGAGUUGCCGUCAAGCGGAAGUUUUUCGGAAUGGAGGAGGCAACUUUGCCAGCGUUUGAGGUGGCAAAUAUGUCAAAGGCGUGUUUUCUGGGUGAUGAUUACUAUUUGUCACAUUUGCUUAGCCGAAACGGCGUGCGUCGACGACUGGUGGCUGACAGCUGCUGGAACAUUGAGACGCUCACAGAAUCGUUCUCGCACGGCGGACUCUCGUACGCUCCGUCGGAGCAUCCGGGGGGAGCCAACGUGGAGCACUACCAGCAGUGCAUCCGAGAGCUGGGCAAGGACCAAGAUCUCUCUCGCGACGGCGAGUUCGGGUCGGCCUACAUGUUCCUCUUCUCUCGCACGUGGGGGGCUAUUCGAGGACUGCGAAAUCUCUACUUUGGCGGGGAGUUCGUGUCGUGCUGA